GAGAUUUUCAAUCGAUCGAAAUUUACCGAAGAACAGCUGUUGCGCCCAAAGGGGCCCGCUCGCCUGAUCUCCCUCGAGGACGGGUCUCCCACACGCCGCUACUGUUCCUAUAGUAACAUCGGCCGAAGAGAUUGGAGUACAAAAUUGGGUCUGAUGUAUUUUAUCAACAUGAUGAAAAGUGAUUUUGCAAAAUCGAUAUAAAGGAUUUUUUUAUAAAUUGUAUAACGAUAUACAUGAUUUAUAUCGAAGGAUGCUCUCUACACUAUUGCUUCACAAAAAAAUCAUAAGAGGAAUAACCAGCACCUUCAUGCGACAAGAUCCGCGUUACGUGCUGAGCUACGCUUUUCUGGAAUAUUUGUAUCGUAGAUUGCAAAGGAUGUUUAAACAAAAUCUUCGUUGGAUUACGUUACCAGAUGUAGCUAUUAAACAUAUGCUAAAUGAUCUGAAAGAUACGCAAAGUAAAUAUAUCGAUUUUGAUUCCUGUGCAUUAGCGAACGCACAAUUUUUAAAGAAAUCACCGAGUUCUUGGUUUCACGUAUGUUCGAUGACUUCGUUGACAAGAUAUAAAUUGAUGAUCGUAUCCGUAACUGAUGCUAACGUAACUGAAAACACUAUUUUAAUCUCCGAAACGAUGCGACACAAUUUGCAAAACGCUCUUCACUCUGAACAAUUGGACGAAACGUGUUUUAUACUGCCAUUGGAAGAUGACGUAGUCGAUUUUGCGAGCGAGGCGAAAAUAUCCUUAAUUACCAAUCCGUACGAUUGCGCUACGGAAAUGGUGGAUGUUAUGCUGGAAAAUUAUUUUUUACAUCCUCGAUAUUUACGUAUAAAUGACGUAUUUAGGAUUGAUGCAAAGGAAUACGCUCAAGAUCGAUUUUACUCGUCCGGAUCACCAGCGAUUUACAUGAUGUAUUUUACGGUUAAAUCCUUGAAAGUAGAUCAUCAUGGACGCAGUGAUAGCGUUAACGACUGUUACGUCGUGCGUGGAGAGUCGACGCUCAUCCAGGAGGCGCAAGUCCACGAUUAUAUUCCGCGGAGACAUAUUUCUACAUUUCUCGAAGGCAGAUAUCCAUCAGCUUUAAUGGAACCUUUGGAACAUUUAGUAUCCUGCGUUACGCCGUUCUUGGAAAAGAAUGUACAAUUAUAUAUAAGACCGGUAUUCCUCGUGAAAGGACCGCGAGGUUGCGGUAAACGCGAACUGGUUCAAUUCGCGUCCGCGAGAAUGGGAUUGAAUUUUCUCGGCGUUGAUUUCGCAGAAGUGCAAACUGUAACAGCGGCGCAAACUGAGGCUAAACUUCGCAUAACGUUACAUCAUGCGCAGCAAUGCGUACCGUGCAUAUUGUAUCUAAAUAAUAUUCAAAUAUUUGGCAAGACCGCCGAAGGUCAAAAGGAUGAGAGGAUUAUAUCCGCUUUUUCAACAGAGAUUGCCACAUUAUAUGUUAAUAGACAUCGAAAAUUUCCUCUGAUCAUCAUAGCCGCCUCGGACGAAACCGAUUUACCCGCGGAAUUACAACGAACAUUUAUCGAGACGAUUCAUGUUAAACACUUGAAUCAGAAUAAACGGGCGGAAUUGAUGUCUUGGUUAUUAUCCGACAGGAAUCUAACGACCACUGCGGAUUUAUCGAAAGUCUCUGGUCUUUGUUCGGAUUUCAGAUUCACGGAUUUGGUAGCAUUGACGUUGCAUGCGGCUAAAUUUCGAUGCAAAUCAGGGAUGCUGCCCGAUUCUAAAACCUUGACGCAAACAGAUUUCGAUCGAGCUUACGAAUAUAUGCAGUCCAUAUAUUCCGAUAGUAAAGGCGCUCCACGCGUGCCGGAAGUUCGCUGGGAUGACAUAGGUGGUUUGGCAGAAUUGAAACACGAAAUUAUUCGUAGAAUCCAAUUGCCAUUAUUAAAUGCCUUUGGAUUUGGACAGUCCGGAUUACUAUUAUACGGUCCGCCCGGCACCGGAAAGACUCUUCUCGCCAAAGCGGUAGCUACCGAAUACCAAUUGCAUUUUUUGUCCAUCAAAGGUCCAGAAGUGUUGAACAUGUAUGUCGGUCAGAGCGAGAAAAAUGUAAGACAAAUUUUUGAACGUGCGCGUUCCGCGGCCCCCUGUAUCAUCUUUUUCGACGAGCUGGACUCAUUGGCACCUAAUCGUGGCAGAAGCGGCGACAGCGGCGGUGUAAUGGACCGCGUGGUCUCUCAAUUACUCGCCGAGAUGGAUGGCCUCGACGAGUCCGGUGGCAUAUUCAUUAUAGGUGCUACGAAUAGGCCCGAUCUCAUAGAUCCCGCGUUGCUUCGACCCGGAAGAUUCGACAAGAUGCUCUACGUCGGCAUUCACUCCGACUACGCGUCCAAGCUCAGUGUUUUACAGGCGCAGACGCGGAAAUUCAAAUUACGGGAGAAUGGACGAGAACUGGAACGAGUCGUAGACCAAUUGCCCAAUAACGUCACCGGUGCGGACUUGUAUUCCGUUUCUUCUAAUGCAUGGCUCAACGCUGUACGUGAAAUUGUCACAAAGCAUCAAGAAAGCAAAAUAUUCAAGGAAGAAAAAGAUACGAUUAAGGAUAGUAUUAUCGUAGAACUACGACAUUUUUCGGACGCUAUUGGCGACCUAGUACCUUCUGUUAGCGACGAAGAGAUAGAGAGGUACAACAGAAUGCGAACAGAGCUUUCAUCAUUGUAAUUCCGGAAAAAAAACUUGUCUCUCUCUCUUCAGGUAAGAUAAAAUAUUUUUCUAUUAAGGAUCUGAGCUGUCUGCUCAGUUAUGAUGAAUAUCAUAAUCCGAAUUGAUCGCCCGCAAUGGUAGACUUUUUACUGUUUUGAUCCCUUAUCUCGUGCCAAAGUUUAUAAUUCUAGUUAAAUACAAUCAAUCGAUAUAUCACGUAUACAUAUUUCUGAAAUAGUUUAUCCGUCGCGGAUAGAAAUACAAUCUAAAUGCAAUUAAAUAAUGUGCGCAAUAUUAUAAACGACAUGUUAUUUUAUUUCGAGAAGUAUGUAAAAUAAUUUGUACAGCGAAUAAUUAAAAUGAAGAAGGAGUCAAUCUUUACAUUCUUCUUGUAUAAUCUUCAAUUAUCAUAUGAUCGAUUUAUAUUACUCCGCGUAUAUUGCACCCAACUAUAUAUCAUUCUUCUAUCCAUUCUCGGAACACCGAGAUGCCUUUCUGAAGUGAACGUUCUUGACCAUUAUAUAUUACACAGCGACCAGAAUAUACAAUGUAGAAAAAUAGGACAGCUAAAUUCGCGGACUCGUCAAGUUCGCGAGUGAAGGGUGCUGAAAUAUUCUUUCAGGAGUGGUGGUUGAUGCGUUAGGUGCAUAAUAGGACAGCGAAUAAAAUCGGUAUGUCUCUAUAUCUAUAUCUAUAUCAAAUUAUCUUGAAACACUAUAUGGUCUUUGCUCGAAUUUGCAUAGGAUAAACUGUAAUCCGUUUGAACAGUACGACGUUCCGUCAACGCGUAUCUUUCGCAGAAAGAAAGAAAUUCAACGGGAGCGAGAAAUCUAAAUAUCAUAUCUAAAUAUAUUAAUUACGUUACACACGAUGAUUCGUCCCAUUUGUAUUGUAUAUAAGUGUAUGUGUUUAAAAUGCAUUAAAGCGAGUUAAACACAUCGUUCGGACGAUCACAGAUCGUGUAUACCUUUGGUAAUCGCGAGGUAGUAAUCAACUUCCAGAUCUGUCCUUUCGUAGGGAAAAAUGGUUCGGUACAUUAUGGUUGAGCAUCUACUGCAUAAGAUAUAAAUUAAUGUAAAGCGCGUUGAUACGUUUCGGUGUAUGUAUGUAUGUACUCAAUACGUAUACUUUCGAGUCGGCAUAACGAAUAUAUAAUAAAUUUUUAUUCAUCAUUCGACCAA